UACAUCGAAUCAAGCUAUGGCAGACGAAGAUCAAAGCAAGAAGGCAGAAGAAGAUCAAAGCAAGAAGAAAACAAACAAUCCCAAGUCUUAUCAGGUGAGGAAAGAAUGCAUAAAGAGGAAAUCAAUGGAGCUUGCAACUCUCUGUGAUAUCAAGGUUUGUACUGUUAUUACUGGUCCUAAUGGGGAACUGCAAACUUGGCCUGACAAUUUGGAUGCCUGUAAAGAAGUUCUUGAUCUCUACUCUCAAAAUCUGAAACCCGAAAAAAAGCACAAGGAAUCAUCAACACAAAUACCAAAACCAGAAGAAGAACAAGGAGAGAAAGAUCUCCUAUCGAUAGUUGAAUCAAAGCUUGUUGCUGUCAACAGGAGAAUUCGUUUCUUGGAGAACAAGAAUGUUGCCCUUGCUGAUAAGGGGAAAAGAAAGAGAAUUGAGUGA